GAACCUUGAACUUAUUUCUUUCGGGUUUCAUCUCUAGUCUACUCCAACUUGCUUGGGAAAAAAAGCUAUGUUGUUGUUGUAUGUCUGCUGCUUCCAUUUAUCCGGAAUUAUCUCUGGAUGCUGCUUUCUGAUAUGGGUCUCGACAUCAAUUACAUGGACAACAGCGCUAUAGUAGUCAUAGCAUAUGCCUUUUUGCUUAAGAUCAAUCUGCAGUAUUACAUCCUUGCUCCCUUCCCCAUUAGUUUGGUUACCUUCAUCAUUCAUCUGUGCAACAAGAUCCCGGUGAAGCCGCAGCAUGUCAGAGGAUCAGAGGGUAAGGAUGACAAGAAAUCUGAGGAACUGGUAGCGCCAACUGACCUAAGCAGGUCAAAGCUUGGCUCGGCAGAAAUAGAUCGCACGCAAGUUGGCGAACUUGAAAGAACUGUAGUGUUUCCAUUUUUCAUGCUAUUAAUCAGUGCCAUACAUGGUGACAGUAGCCCUGUUCUGUCUCACUUCCUGCUCUUUUCAUGCUGUGCGCUAGGGACACUGGCACUUAUGUAUUCCAGAUUGGCUGAUGAAGUAACAGGGGAUCCUGCCUUAAAACCGGCACUGGAAUGCAUCCGAAUGUCCUACAUGAUAAUGCUGGUCAUAACAGCACACACGGUGGCGGCAGAAUGGCUGGGAGAGGUCAUGGCAUUGGUCUGCAUGCCUGAGCUGAUUGCAGGGCUUGUAUGGUUCUCUACUCUUCUCCACACUGACACUUCUAAUAGGGCAGUAGUCGACAAGGUGACAUCAGAUAAAGAUAGCAUCAGUUCAGUAGUCGACAAGGUAACAUCAGAUAAAGAUAGCAUCAGUUCGAUUGCUGCGGUUGUGUCUGAUUCUGAAACAGAACAAGUUCCUGUUGGUAUCUUCAAAGGCUUCAUCUUCCAAGGCUGCGUGUUCAUUCCACUUGGAGCUGCUUUGGCAGGCUUAAUAACUUGCAGUUAUGCACAUGACUGGGAGCUCCUGUCCUCCUGGAACACCAAGGCGACAGUUGCCUGUGGCGUCGCAGGGUGUAUGCCGUAUCUCAGCAUGUGGAUGAUAUCACGGUGGCCCAGCAGCAUACCUGCCUCAGAUAAGGCGACGCAGCUGCUCAGGUUUCUUGCAAAUAUUUGCUUGACCGGAGCUUGUCUGAUGCUGUUUGCUUUGCUUGCUGAGAGGACACUGGCUUACCGUUUAUUUGGUUUGGAUGCCCUUGCUGAUCCUGCUGGUGUACUCAAGUAUCUUCCAUUUAUUUACUUCAGUACAGCAGUAGCGUCGUUCGGAGCUUUGUUUAUGAUGAAGUAGCUUGCUCAGCAAUCGACUCUGCGUUACGGAGUGGAGUUACUUGCUGCUUUUGCUGCAGAGUAAAAAGCAUUCUGACCAAAUUGUUUAUAUUUAUAUGACCUCGCACUUGCAGUAGAUAUAUGAUGUUCUAUUCAUCCUGGAACUCUGAAAUUUUUCGUGUUUAUACGAAUUAGCAGUUGCAACAGUAGAUGUAUUAAUGUUAUGUUUGGAAUAUAUCGGAACAUAUAUGGUGAAGCAUGUAACUACAAUACCACCUGUGUAUAUGAGAAGUUGCUCAGUUUUGCUGC